AUGCAGACGAGAUCACAUAGGAAAUCAGAACUAUGGGACAUAAAUCCAGACCAUUACGAUAAUGGUGUCCCCGUAUUCAAGCCAACUAUGGACCAAUUCAAAGACUUUUACAGAUUCAACAAAUCCAUCAAUAAAUAUGGAUUAGAGGCGGGGAUUGUUCGGGUGAUUCCUCCACAAGAAUGGAAAGAGUCAUUAUCAAGUUGCUACACUGAGGAGAAUUUGUCCAAGGUAGUUAUCAAAAACCCCAUCGUUCAGCAGAUUAACAGUAACAAUCAUGGAGUCUUUCAAAUACAAAAUAUGGAGAGAGCAAGGAAGUAUACCCUAGAGCAAUGGCAAGAGCUUUCCAAGAAACAGGAACCCCCAAGGAGGCGCAAGAGGCUGCAUGACGAUAACGAUGAAAAUGCCACCGGUAAAGUGGAUGCCACCGAGUUUAACAGUGAGCGUUGCGAAGAGUUGGAACGCUCAUACUGGAAAUCUUUAACCUAUUCCGAGCCUAUAUAUGGAGCUGACUCUGAGGGAUCUUUGUUCACAGAUGAUGUGAAUGUGUGGAACGUGGCAAAGUUGCCAAAUGUGUUGGAUUUGAUGGAGGAGCGGAUUCCUGGCGUGAAUAAUGCGUAUUUGUAUGCUGGCGUGUGGAAGGCUACGUUUGCAUGGCACCUUGAAGACCAAGACUUGUACCUGAUCAACUAUAUUCACUUUGGAGCUCCUAAACAAUGGUACCUGAUACCACAAGCACAGCAUGAAAAGUUUUUCAACCUUAUGAAAGAAUUGUUCACUGAUGAGUAUAAAAAUUGUCCCCAGUUUCUUCGCCACAAAACCUUCCAUGCUCUGCCUCAAUAUCUAGAAAAAAAGGGCAUCACAGUUAACCAUACGAUCCAUAGGGAGGGCGAGUUUAUCUUGACGUAUCCUUAUGGGUACCACGCAGGAUUCAACUACGGUUUCAAUCUCGCAGAAUCAGUCAACUUUGCUCUUGAUUCUUGGUUUGAUAUUGCCAAAAAGACCGAUAGUUGCCAUUGCAUUCCGGACGCGGUGAAUAUCAAUGUCGAUCAAUUAUGGAAAAGGUACAACUCUGUGAAAAAGAAUUCCGUGGUUUUUGUGUGA